AUGUCUCGCUCUAGGGACUUCGUCGUAACGAUCCCCUCGAUAAACUUCGAUCACCUGGGCGGCACUGAGAUCAAACUCGACCAGCCUUCCCUCUCGCCCCUUCGUACGUUCGUUCUUGACGAGAAAAUAUCCGAGGAUUACCAAACGAUGACCCAGGAGGAAUAUGAGCGACAACUGGGGCCUCCGUUUGUCGUCAUUAAGUUCUCUUGUCACAGCCUUCUAGACCCUACUCAGCAGGGCUUCAUGCGGAUCUAUAUGCAGAUCCCUCUUGAUGGUACCUUUUCUAGCGCUCCAGAAGUCCGAGCCCAGCAGGCUGUCAGCCAGUGCACCCACACGGAGCUCAAAGCGCUUGCAUCUCUUGAUCGCGAAAACUGCAUGGCAGUACCGAAAUUGCUUGGCUAUGGGGAAGAGUUGCAAGGUGUCGAAGAAUUUGUGCCGGGUGGUUACAUCAACUACGUUGCGUGGGAACGGGUGCCUGGUGAAGGUGAGCCCGUGGACUACUAUACCUUCUGGAAACGCGACUUUGAAUACCGCCAGCGACUGCGUUCCGCCUUUCGUACUGCCUAUGAUAGGUGUUCUUGGCAACCUGGACUUACCCCUCCGAGCAAGAUUAUUUACGAUGAUGUCACCAAGGUUAUGCACAUUUCCGGAUUGCGAGGGGCCUAUCCAAUGGACACUGAGCCGUUCUCAGACGAGACCUACGUGUUAUGGGGAUUGGCAAAGCCAUCUGACAGGCCAGAUUGGCAUACUGAUAGCUCGGACUGGACCUGGUAACCAAUGUGGAUCUCCGUACAUCGCUCCUUUGACAGUCGAAUGGCCUUUCGCAUAUGGGAUUGUAUUAUUGAGUUGUUCAUGAUGCCCAGCUACCCUAGUAUGCAUGUAUCUGUCGCUGAACUAGUGCUUUCAAUAAGACGAUUGUAGUGCCUUUCCGCUACUGAUAGCCCUUGAUACUGUGGGAGACUUACAACACC